AAACAAUAAAACUACUGCAAUUCAGAGUGCAAAAUUUGGUCCAGAUAAAGAAAAUAAAAAAACCUUAUUAUUUAGUGUAAAAUAAGUAAAAUAAAGUUCUAAAAUGAUCAAUAAAUUGGCAUAAAAGCACAUUUGAAUAAGUGAUGUUCACAAAAUCCUCAAUUAUUGUAAAUUAAACGAUAAGAAAGAAAUUUGGCGCAAAAUUGUGUCACAUAACAACAAAUACAAAAAAAAAGAGAAGAAAAUGGCAUUAACCGUUGUUAAAUAUCGAAAAUCUGGGCCUGGAGGAGGAGUGGCUGCAGGCACCACCCCCUCAAUAUUAAUGAAAAGUAAAAUGCAAACCCAACAGCCUAGUAAACAACACAAUCAGCCCUCAUCAUCGUCGCCCUCUGCUGACGCAAAUAAGAAGUCCUUAAUAAAACUUGGAAGCAGAACCGGUCUUGUUAUCAAUAAAAUACCCGCCGUUAUCAAGCCAGCCAUGAAGCGAGCAAGUACAGUAACUGGAGAUAUUGCACAUAAAACCCCGAAAUUUUCUCUACAGACCAUAGCCUCGACGGGUACACCACUGACUAGUUUUCAAUGGCAAUCAACAAUUGGCGGUUCUUCGACAAACAAGAAACAACAAAUCGGGGCAGCCAUUAACUCACUGCCACCAAACACUAUUAUUAAGGCAACCAGUGCCGGUAGUGUACAAAACUCAAACGGUACCACAACACGUCUUACCCAAAAUCUAACCUCAUCUGCGGUUGUAUCCCCCGUCUCAUCAAUGCAGGUCCGGCGGCCAACAUUUAUCAUUAAACGUGAUAUACCUGAACGCACUAUACGCACAAUAACACUUGAAUUAAUCGAAAAGAAUCCUCUCGUCCAUUUGGGUGUACAGCCAUCACGUUUACCGUUGUUGAAAAAUGUCAUAUGCUCCACGGCCAACGUAUCCUUGGUGGAUUGUUAUUUGACAUUGAAAAAAUUAAAACAAAAUGAAGAAUUUUCAUUGCUAGGCGAAUAUUUUGAAAUGUCCGAGGGUGAUGUCCAGCAUGCUUUUGCAAGGACCGUGGUGCGUUUGGCCCGUUACUUACGAUACCUGAUCAAUUGGCCCGAUAGCAAAAAAUACUAUGAACGUCAUAAACAUUUGCCAUUUGCAUACCGGCAAAAUCUCUCCCAUGUACAGUCGUUAAUAGAAUGUGUUGAAAUUGAUAUUGCACCGGGACCAUUGCAGAUUGAUUGUGCAUGCUACAAGUUUAUAUUAAGCAUAAAUACCAAUGGCAUUAUAUCACACGUUUCUGAUGCAUUCAUAGGACACCAUGAUGACUUAACCAUUUUCAAGGCAUCAAAUUUCAAAGAUGUUAUACCAAAAUAUCUCUCCCUAAUGGCAGAUCCGGGCAAAGCUGUAAGGAGAAAACGUAAACCAAAAACCGCACGGCCUCAGCAUCAACAACUUAAGAUACCUAGCAUAAAUAAUAAUGGUGAAACCGAUUCAACAACAGAUUCUGCCGACGAAUCCGCCGAUGAUCUAAUACACGAUGAGUCUUCCCAAGAAGGACGUCUCAGUAAAUAUACAGCAUCACGUGUGGCUGGUGAGCUGGCCUCUAAUCAAACACUAACCGUAGUUAAUAAAGAAUUAACCUCAAGGCGAAUGAAGAAUUUUAGUGUGCCGACAAUGCGUGUUCGAGAGCCAGUGUGUCGUACUCAAAUGCGUAACAUGCUCGAUAAUCUGCAAGAGUUUCGUAUACUACAGCCAUUGGCUAUCAAAGAGUCAUUUGUGUAUCAAUAUCUCAACGAGGUGCUGAUAGUGUGUGCGGCCUUAAUCAAUCUUCAAAGAUAGAAACUGUGGUUUAACUGUUCAUCCCUCAUCCCUGUAAUUGGGUGAGAUUUUAAAUAGUUGGUUUUUAUUCAUAAUUUUUCUCAGGUUCUCUUUCCCAUAAAUCUUUUACCAUUUCUCUUCUUUUAAAAAAAAACCUUUUCCACCACAUGUUGUUGAACAUUUUUUGCAAAUAGAAACUUAGUUAUAUGUUCUUAAUACAUAUAUGAUUUCUUGACCACCUUAUAUAAUUACAUAAAUAUUUUUGUAUUAUAUAAACAAAUUUUAUUGAUAAUUUCCUUACUUUACAAUCUAUUAGUUAGCUUUAAUAAUUCAUUCAUUUUACAAAAAACGAUAAUGUAAAUGAUUAUAGAUUUGAUCAAUUUUAAAUGAAUUUGAACAAUAAAUAAUUGUAAAAUAUAUAAAUAAGAA